CACCCCUCGGAGAGGCGCACCUGACUGCAGAGCGCUCGCCGCCCCGCCACGCCCGCCCGCUCGCCCGCCACCCAAGACAGACCACAAGCUUUAGAGAAGAAACUUUUCCCCUCCGACGGCGAUUUGGGGAAAAGGAUGCUGGGUAGCAAGCGACUGGGGCUCUCCGGACUGACCCUCGCCCUGUCCCUGCUUGUGUGCCUGGGCGCGCUGGCUGAGGCGUACCCCUCCAAGCCAGACAACCCCGGAGAGGACGCGCCGGCGGAGGACAUGGCCAGAUACUAUUCAGCGCUGCGGCACUACAUCAACCUCAUCACCAGGCAGAGGUAUGGAAAACGAUCUAGCCCCGAGACACUGAUUUCAGACCUCUUGAUGAGAGAAAGCACAGAAAAUGUUCCCAGAACUAGGCUGGAAGACCCUUCUAUGUGGUGAUGGGAAAUGAAACUCGCUUUCCAGUCUUUACCUAUUUUCAACCCGAAUUUCAUCCUGUAAAACUAGAGUCUGCCGAUCCUCUCAAUGCAUGCAGCCACUGUGUUCAACUCUGCAGAGUUUCCCUUUGUCAUCCUUGUAUAUAUGUGUGUUUAAAUAAAGUACCAAGCAUUCAAAAA